UUACAAAAGCUGAGAUUUUUGAUCAGCGACACCUUCAAGCAGUGCGCUGUCUUUUAGAAAGUUGCUGACGGAGCUUUGGCAUUUGAUCAUCUCCAACUGCUGAUUAACACAGCACUGUUUUAUAUUUAACUCUGACCAGAGCAGGAGGAGCUGGGGGUGGGGUUGUGCUGCUUAUAAGGCAAAUCGGGAGCAGCUACAAAGUUCUUCUGUAUGCAUUCCCUCUUUCUUCUCUCCUGAACCGACUUCUGCUUUCCAGUCAUUUUCCUUUGGAAAAAAUCAAACUUUUUUGGGGGGGGGUUAACUGUCUAAAAGGGAACCGAGGAGAGAGGCAAGAAAAGCAGAUGAGAAGGAAAGAGGAAGAGACUGCCUAUUAAAUCCAGCCCUUCAGCCAAAGAGAGAGAAGAGAGUGAGCAAGCCACCGCACUGUUGCUUAAUGUGUCUGUUUUAAGUUUUAAGUUUGGUAAGCACAGUGGGAGAUGCAAGGAAUGGAUAUUGAAGACAAGUCAUCCAAAAUGUAUUGUAUGAGAGGCAAGCACGUGGCCAUUAUUUGUGGAGUGGUAUCUGCUGUGGCCUUAAUUUUGGGACUCGGAUUAGGUUUAGGAUUAAAACCUGAGGUCUGCUAUCCUCCAGAAGACAAUGGGCAAGUGUCAACAAAACCACCCACCCAACAAAACCACCCAUCCACUACUCCACAAGUCACACCUCCUUCAGAUCCCAGUGUCUUUUGCAGUGCCAAAAAUGAUGAAAAUGGACCCUGGAUUAAUUUUAGGCUGCCAAACUAUGUUCAGCCAGUUCAUUACGAUUUGGACUUGACUCCUGAGAUGGAAGCUGAGGUGUACACCGGAAUGGUAAAUAUCUCCAUCAGCUUGAAAGAACAGACAACAAGGCAUUUGUGGCUUCACCUGAGAGAAACAAAGAUCACGGAAAUACCUGAGCUCAGGACAUCCUCGGGCCAGGUCAUUGCGAUAAAGCGUUGUUUUGGAUAUGAACCGUAUGAAUAUGUGGUGAUAGAGGCCGAAGAAGACUUACGUCCUAGCAACUAUGUCCUGAGUAUGAAGUUCAAAGGCUAUUUGAAUGGUUCCCUGGUUGGAUUUUAUAGAACAAGCUAUGAGGAGAAUGGAAAGACCAAAUACAUAGCAGCAACAGAUCAUGAGCCAACUGAUGCACGAAAAUCAUUUCCUUGCUUUGAUGAACCUAACAAAAAAGCAACAUAUACAAUAUCUAUUACUCAUGAACGUGACUAUGAAGCCCUAUCAAAUAUGCCAGUGGAGAAAACAGUUCCAAUAGAUGACAAAUGGACUAAGACAAUAUUCAGGAAAUCUGUGAAAAUGAGUACUUACUUGGUGGCCUGGGCUGUGCACCAGUUUAAAUACGAAGAAAGAAAAUCAUCUCGUGGAAUUCCACUUCGCAUUUAUGCCCAACCACUCCAGCUAAAAACAGCCAGCUAUGCAGCAAAUGUAACCAAAGUUGUAUUUGAUUACUUUGAAGACUAUUUCAGAAUGAACUAUUCGCUUCCAAAACUGGACAAAAUAGCAAUUCCAGAUUUUGGCACGGGGGCCAUGGAAAACUGGGGGCUGAUCACUUACAGAGAAACUAAUCUCCUUUACGAUUCACAAGAAUCUGCUGCUUCAAACAAGCAAAGAGUGGCAGCUGUGGUUGCCCAUGAACUUGUCCAUCAGUGGUUUGGAAAUAUUGUGACCAUGGAUUGGUGGGAUGACUUAUGGCUCAAUGAAGGAUUUGCCAGUUUCUUUGAAUUUAUGGGUGUAAAUGCUACAGAAGCAAAUUGGCAAAUGCUGGACCAAAUUUUAAUUGAUGACCUACUCCCAGUGCUGAAGGAUGAUUCUUUGGUUUCAUCUCAUCCUAUUACCGUGAAUGUGUCUUCUCCUGAUGAAAUAACUUCUGUGUUUGAUGGCAUAUCCUAUAGCAAAGGAGCAUCAAUUCUCAGAAUGCUUGAAGAUUGGAUCUCACCAGAAAACUUCAGAGCUGGAUGUCAGAAAUACCUAACAGACCAUGAAUUUAACAAUGCAAAAACAGACGAUUUCUGGAAAGCAAUGGAAGAGGUAAGUGGAAAACCUGUCAAAGAAGUGAUGGACACAUGGACCAGGCAGAUGGGUUAUCCUGUGCUGAAAGUCAAUAAUUCAAAGUCAACAGUUACACAGCAACGUUUUCUAUUGGAUCCCAAAGCAGAUCCUUCCAAGCCAUCUUCUCCAUUUAGUUACAAGUGGAAUAUUCCGGUGAAGUGGGAAGAGGGGAAAACAUCAAAUAUAGCAUUCUACAAUAAAUCAGCAUCAGCAGGAAUUACUAUUCCACGACCCAAUAAUCCUCCUCCCGAUUCUUUCUUGAAAGUAAACAAGGAUCAUGUUGGUUUUUAUCGUGUAAAUUAUGAACCCAACGUCUGGCGUGAUGUAGCUGAUAUUAUGAGGAACGGCCAUCAGAGGUUUAGUCUAGCUGAUCGCGCCGGUUUUAUAGACGAUGCCUUUGCAUUGGCCAGAGCUGGCCUUCUGAAGUAUGCUGAUGCAUUGAACCUUACAAAAUAUCUGCUUCACGAGAAAGAAUAUAUACCAUGGCAAAGGGCUGUAGUAGCGGUAUCCUAUAUUGGACACAUGAUUGAAGAUGAUACAAUACUCUAUCCCAAAUUUCAGAGGUAUUUUGGCAGCCUGGUCAAGCCCAUCGCAACUGAACUGAAAUGGGAGACUGAUGGUGACCAUAUCAAGAGCCUCCUUCGUACAACUGUUUUGGAAUUCGCAUGCAAUAUGAAUGACCCACAGGCUUUGGCGAAUGCCUCUUCACGGUUUGAGACUUGGAUGAAUGGAACAAGGCUAGAUGUAAACAUCCGCCUCCUGGUGUACCGUUUUGGGAUGCAGCACUCAGGUGACGAGGAAGCCUGGAAUUAUAUGUUUCAUCAGUACACAACUGCAACAUUAGCUCAAGAAAAGGAGAAGCUUCUCUAUGGCCUGGCAUCAGUGAAAAACAUAACUCUGCUGAACAGAUUCUUAAAUUGCAUCAAAGAUACCACUCUCAUAAGAAGUCAAGAUGUCUUCACAGUCUUGAGAUACAUCUCCUUAAAUAGUUAUGGCAAAACCAUGGCAUGGGACUGGGUACGGCUCAACUGGGAGUAUUUGGUCAAACGAUACACUCUUAAUGAUAGAAAUCUUGGUCGCCUAAUAUCAAGAAUAUCAGGCACAUUUAACACAGAGCUCCAGCUUUGGCAGAUGGAAAAUUUCUUUGAGAGAUAUCCUGAUGCUGGAGCAGGAGAAGCCUCAAGAAAGCAAGCUUUGGAAACUACAAAGAGCAACAUCGAAUGGCUAAAACUGUACCGAGAUGACAUAGCAACCUGGCUUAAAGAUUUAUAACAGCCAAACUUUGUAUAAUUUUGUCUCAGUCCUCAUGAAAAUUCUUAGGAUUUUUUUUUAAAAUCACACCAGCAUGUAAUUUGCAGAAAUACUACAUUUAGAUUUUGACAGAUCUGUCAACUUUGAAAUAUCUUAAUUUAUUGAAAUACAUAUUGAAAAUAGCCAAGUCAUUCUUAAAUAUUCCUAUAAAUGUUUCUAAUCUCUUAGAACAUUUGUUCACAUUUUAAUUGGACAAAAUGUAAAAUUGUCAUUUGCACAAACAUAAUUAUAGGAUCUCCAUUACCUUUACGAGCAUUACUGAUGUUUGUACUUAACCACAUAUUCGCCACGCUGAAAACGAAACUUUUAUACAAAAAUAUUUAUUAUUCCAUAUGUUCAGGAGGCCCUUCCAAAUAAAACUUCAGAGAAUCCAUUCCAAAGGGAGGGCUUUGCCUCUAUUUAGAAAAAAAGAUAAUAUGUAUAUAUUCUGUUGGGAAAUAAAAGCACAAUCCACAAUGUUGGCAGGGAGGAGGGAAGAAAUCACAAAACUUUGAGAGACAGACAGAAUAAAGUUAUUAGUCUAAAGCAAGGAUGUCAAACUCGAUUUCAUUGAGGACCACAUCAGGGAUUUGAUUGACCUGAAGGAGCCAGGAUGACUGUGGCCGAGGUGUUCAUGGCCAGCUCGAGAUCACUCAUGUCGGGGCGCCUGUGGUGGCCUGAGCACUCUGCCAGCAAAAUGAGCUCCAUUUUUGGCUGCAACAGCCUCCUGCAACCCUCUGCCAGCGACAGCAUAGCUUGGGAGGUGUGCCCACAGCCCAAGGGAGAUCUGUUUUCGCUAGCAGAGGCACCACAGGCCAGUCUGCUGUUUCCAGGGCAAUCCCGCAGGCCAGAUCUAAGCAACCGGGUCCCCGGAUCCUUGAGUUUGACACCUCUGUUUUAAAGUGAUUUUGAGAAACCCAUAGCUUUGUUAAAGAUUAUAUCUCUGGCAAGAGAAAAAUGCAUAUUCCGAAAUUUCAGGUAAAGAAUCUUUGGUAGCAGGCUUGAUCUAAAAAUUCUCAUCUUGAACCCUGAAAAGCUGUUAUCACUCAAAAGAGGAGCCAGCAACAUUUUAAUUGGUGGGUACUGCUUCUUUGGCCUUUUUAAAUUUUUUAAAUUUAUUUUUUAACGUCCGGCUCUCACCUCCAUGUAUCAUAUAAUCUUAUAUGCAAACACUAAAAUCUCUCUCACAUUUUAACAAUCUUGAAAAAAAUUCAGCCAUCGGAGAUUGGAUUU